UACUACUCUUACAGUAGAAGCAGAACAAGCUCUCAUUUUAACGUGUCGAAAAUUUGGAAAAUUGCUUCGAUCGUGGAUCAUGUGUUAUGUAAUAAUUUUUUCAUAAUAUUUCGUAAAAUAUAGAUAUUACGCGAUGUCGAACAAUAACACAUCUAAUAUAGAUGUGUCUGAGGAGAAAAAGAUUCAACAACGUAAUUCAAUUGUGAUUGAAGAUGUGCCAAAUGCGAAAAUGGCAGAUUUCGAAACGGCAAUUUCCGCCGCUGGAAUCGGAAAAUUUCAAUAUCUUCUCAUUAUCGGGAUUAUUCCGAUUUCAUGGGGCUCUAGUAUAGAUACAGCUAAUAUGUCGAUGAUACUUCCAUCGGUGGGAUGCGAUUUACGAUUGUCAUUAUUUGACAAAGGACUUUUAAACGCCAUCAUCUAUGUAGGUAUGGUGUUGAGUGGUUUUAUGUGGGGAUAUCUCGCUGACGUUAAAGGAAGAAAAAAGAUUAUAUUAUACGGCUAUUUAGCGGAUAGUAUUUGUAAUAUACUCGCAGGUUUUUCGCAAAAUUUUGAGACGCUUGUGUUCUUCAAAUUUCUCAGUGGCUUUCUUGUAAGUGGACCGCAUGCCACUCUUUUGGCAUAUUGUUCGGAAUUUUUCGGAGAUAAAGGUAGAGCGAAAAUUCCACUUAUUGUCAGCGUCUCCGUUUCGUUCGGAUGUGUAGUUAAUGCAGUAUUUGCUUGGCUAGUGAUUCCUCAACCAUGGUCAAUUGUUCUUGGAGACGGUGCUUUUGUCUAUAAUUCUUGGAGAAUAUAUCUAUCCAUCUGUGGAUUACCGAUGUUAAUAGGCACUGUCUGCUUUUGUUUCUUUCCGGAGAGCCCCAAGUUUUUGAUGGCACAAAAUUGUAAUAAAGCUGCACUUGAAAUCUUUAGAAAAAUUUACAGUAUAAAUACUGGUCUGCCUAAGGAUAAUUAUCCUAUACAUGCUUUGAAAGAUAUAAAUUUAAACAAUACUCUAGAGCGAUCGCAUUCGCAUACAUCAAAAUCUCAAAAUAAGACAAAAUCUUUAAAGGAUGGAAUUCAGCAGAUGAAGCCUAUGUUCUUGAACCCAUAUCUACCGCGUAUAUUGUUACUGAUUACCAUACAAUUCGGUGCAAUGUUAUGUUUAAAUACUCUUCGCCUCUGGCAACCACAGCUCUUUGCGACGAUAGAGAACUUUAACAGCCUUAAUACUAACAUAACUAAUCCUACUUUUUGCGAAAUACUAGAUAUUUCGACAUCUGCAAAAGAAAAUAUAACUGUUACAUUGGAGGAAAUGUCAAAUUGUGAGAAAAUUGUUAUAGCAGAUUCAAUAUACGUCGACACUAUUAUUGUAUCAGUUAUUUCUAGUUCUUGUAUAUUAUGUGCCAGCAUCUUCGUUAAUUAUCUCCAACACAAAUAUCUUUCAUUCAUUAGCUACGGAUGUGCGCUUCUGUGUUCUAUAUCCUUAAUCUGGUCUACAAAUACAUUAGUUACCCUUAUACUUACGUGCUUAUACGUCGGAUUAUUUAACAAAGGUUAUAAUAUUACGGUCAGCGCGACUGUUUUGCUUUUUCCCACAUCUUUGAGAGCCAUGGCAGUAAGUAUGGAAAUGCUAGUAGGAAGAAUAGGAACCAUAGUCGGCAAUCUUGUCUUUCCAGUCUUACUUGAGUAUGGCUGCGUAGCACCGAUUAUCAAUCUGAUAUGCUUCAAUUUGCUAUGUAUAGUUCUUACGUGUUUCAUACCGAAUACACGUAAACACGCAGUGUUUACGUAAGGAUCAUAUUCUGUUAAUUGUAUGAGAUCAAAGAGAGUAAUCAGAAGCGGAGGAUCUCAAAAAGAGAAACACCAAAAGAGCACGUUGACGGGCUUGCUCAGGUUUUGCACUUCUACGGUUCACAUUUUUUAAUAACAUUUCCAAGAAUCCACGAUCGUUAAGCAGAGCCUCCAAGGACCUAGAUCGAAGCUUAUCGUGAACCAUGAUCGAGCUCGUAUGAGGGCGGACAAUGGUCAUACAUAUACAUGCAUAUACACAACGAAAGACUGCACGAGGCCUUGAGUUUCACUUUCGACACAUCCUGGAGAGCCCUCCAGCCUUCACCCACAUGUUCGUUCUUCUCUAUCCCGCGCCUCUUCUCAUGUGGACGCAGCUUUAUCGGAGAUCUCAGGACCUCGUCAUCUCCGUAUCUGCCACCGUUGAUCGGUGUAAUAAAAAAUGUGUGUGUGCGUGUGUGUAUCGCGAUGUAUAUACAUAAAUACUCCAGAAGAAAAUCAGCAGAGACGUGUCAAUAAAGUAUGAAUUAAGUACAUUAUCAUGCCGAUUGUUAAUGAAAAGUUUUAUGGCAAUACUUCAACUAUUUUUAGACAAUUUGCGCAUAUAAAUAUGUGAAUUAUUAAAGAGAAACUGUGAAAUAUUGCGCAA